GAGAAAGGAGAGAAAAGGCUUGCAAGUAGUGUUUUAGGCAUGUGCUUUGAUUUUUGUUUUCUGAGUCUGUUGUGUCUGUUAUGCAGGAAAAUCCAGAUCUUUGGAGAUGGUUAACAGGGCAGGAGAAACCCCCUGAGGCAGUGAGCAUUAAUCCUGUCUUUUCUGCAGUUCAAGAGAAGGUCAUGCGAAAUCUCAACAACCAUUCUGCCCCUGAGACACGAGCAACACUCGGCGAACCAUGGGUUAGAGGAUGGGAUGAUAUAAAGAAAGGUCACGAUGGUCCUAUUACCGGAAAUCAAUAGCUACCCUUUCAGCUUCAAACUAUCCUGUCCUAAAGUAUGGUUCUUUUUUUUUUUUUUUUUUUUUGAACAAGUGUCGUGGAGUCAAAUUGAACCGUUGACCAAGGAAAAAGAAGGUGAACCUUUACAAGAGUGGCGGAAGCCACUCGGUCUUAUAAGCCAGGUCCCUAUACUAAAGUAUGUUUUGCUGUCAUUAAUGUAGAAUAAAGCAUGUAUUUGAAGCGGAGGGAUAGCAGAGCUUUACCCUUGGACCUAAAACUUAGAUUGAUCUUAUAUCCAUAAUAAUGUACCUGAAAUGCUUGUUUUUUGCAUUAUCUCAUUAACAAGUCAGUAAACAGUUACAAAACCCUGGUGACCCGAUGCUGGAUGGGAACACAUUUAAAAAUAAUAAUAAUACUAAUAAAUUAUUUGAGCAGGU